UCAAAGCAUAUUCCAAGGAAUCUUUAACAUACAAAUAUGGAUGCCGGAGGAGUAGCUAGAUUGAUGCUGUUUUUGUCGCCUGUGUUUACGAUUAUACCAGUGGAGGGUCGGAGAAUUGUCGAUCUUUCCUACGAUUUGGACAACAAUGCUUUGACGUAUCCCAAUAAUCCUCGCUUCAACCUUACCCUCGUACACGAGGGAUCCUACGGACCUGUCCCAUGGGUGCAGUUUGGGAAUGUGGAGUUCGGUGUACACACUGGCACGCACAUCGAUUCUCCGAACCACUUCGUUAAGGGGGGUCUACAGGCACAUCAGAUCCGUAUGGAACGGCUAAUGGGGCCAGGAGUGGUCAUCAAUGUCAAGGCCAAGGUCGUUCAAAACAUAGACUAUGAGAUCACUGACAAAGAUUUAAUGGCUUGGGAGGAAGAGAACGGUCCAAUUCCUAAGGGCGCCAUUGUACUAAUGAACUCUGGCUGGGGUGCAAGAUAUCCUGAUUUUGAGCGAGUCUUUAAUUCUUCAACAUACAAACAGGACCAUUCAUCUCUUCAUUUUCCAGGAUUUCACACGAACGCUGCUCAAUGGCUAGUCAACAAACGACAUAUAUAUGCAAUCGGAGUUGACACACCCUCGGCUGACAACGGCAGAAGCUCUUCUUUUCCAGUCCAUCAACUGAUAACGAAAGAAAAUAUCCUUAUUAUUGAAAACGUUGCGAAUAUGGACAAACUUCCAAGCAGUGGAGCAUACAUCUAUCUCCCAAUGCUCAAGUUCAAAGGAGCGUCAGGUGCGCCUGCGCGAAUGUUCGCCGCCAUUGAAGACGAGGGAGACAGAACAAACAGUGCAACAACCUUCGUUUUUCAUGUUUCGGCUGUUGGAUGCUUGCUCGUGCUAAAACGCCUACUUAUUUAAGUUGAGCAUACUUUUGUUUCAUCACAGUGAUGAACCAUUUAAGUCUCACGUAUAUUUAGCCCUCAUAUAGAUGUAUUGUAUGUUCAAAUGAUGACUCUUUAACUAGACGCGGAUAUGUAUUGAUAUAGAUAUAUCUAGAUAUAUGAUAUUUCCUAGUAAUUUAAAGGCAUGAUAAAUAGUCCGCCGUUAAUUUGGUUGAUCAUAUCAAUGAAUACUUACAACCAGUCUUCUUUUAAAAUGAGUUUCAUUGAAUAGAGAUAAGAAAGAAUACCGAAAUAUAAAUGAAACCUGAAUUCUAACUGAAAAUAUAUUAAACUAACAUUAACCAUGUCUGACUCCAAAUCAUCCAUAUAUGGCCUUAUCAUGAAAAGUAUUUGGAACAUACGGGUUUGACAGCAAUAGAAAAAGACCUAGAGUCACAGAAAAUACUGAAUGAUUAAAUACUAUCAAUCAGUUUUAUUCAUAUUCAUGGUUUUACUAUCGGAAAGUCAAUCGCAAAUUCAUACCCCUCCUGAAAAUUUGUACGGAAAUAACAAAUCUGGAAGGCAUCCAUGUUGAUUUAGUCGUAAUCAUCACUUUCUUUUCUAGGCAAUUUCGUUUAUUACGUUGUAUACAUACCGUACCAUAAACCAUUUAACAACAAAGUCCUAACUGUAUAUUUAAUGCUGAUAUCUUGAGAACUCAUUUCUGUAUUGCUGCCAAAAAUGCAGUCAUUUAGAUAUACAGCAAUAAUUCAGAGGUUUGAGGUCAACACAUGUGUCAUGAUAAAUAAAUAGAGCUGGAGAAUCGCGAUGCUAUGUCUAUGUUGCAAUGGUGCUUAACGUUUAAAAUAGCAAAGUUUACAGCAUUGUUGUUAUUUACAAAAUAAACAGUAGGAGAAGUCGCCGCUGGGACGACUACCAAAUAAACAGUAGGAAAAUCGGAGAGGUCACCGCUGGGACGACUACCAAAUAAACAGUAGGGAAAUCGGAGAGGUCGCCGCUGGGACGACUACCAAAUAAACAGUAGGAAAAUCGGAGAGGUCGCCGCUGGGACGACUACCAAAUAAACAGUAGGGAAAUCGGAGACGUUGUAGCGUGUACUUUGCAAGUACCGUAAGAGUUGCAAGCGCGCAUGUGCAAUGAAAAUUGUCAUUUCCGCCGUGAGAGUUACAAGUUUUCGGAUCAUAAUAUAAGUAUUUCACUGUUAAUGAUGGUAAUCAAUUGUGUCAACAUCCGAAAUCACCAUAAUCAAGAUCUA